UGGAGUUUGUUGUUGCCGGGAGAGGUCGCAUGCUUUAACGCAGCUAUGAGUCUUUCUUGCGAAGUAGCCUACAAGGAAACAACCUAGACUCAGUCGUGUACGAACAUCUAAAACAGUUCACAUCAACUGAGCCUUUGGAGGAAGAUCAUCCAGGUCUUAUAAAUGCGUAACUGCUCUUUUGCUAGCGGCUGUUUUGGUUUCAACCCGACGAGGAACAGUGACAUAUUAAAUAAUGGAGCAAUUCUUGCUGAACGAAGACCAGGAAGUGAUACAUUAAAGUAAAGGAAAGCGCAGAGAUUAGAGACCCAGCCUGACACAGAAGAGCAGCGUAUACUCAACCAUGUCUACAGAGAUGAUGAUGCAGUCCUGUCUCAUGGACCGGAGCAGCAGCUUUUUUAAGAAAACACUCCCGUAACAUCUCUCCUCUGUCAUCAGUUUAGAUGAUCCUACAGUGGAAUGUGCUGAUUGACACGUUCUCCACAGAGAUCUCAGAGCUAAAGCAGGAGAUGGUUCAGCCAGCCAGAGAGCCGGAGACAGAGAUCUUACAGGGUCUGGAAGGAGAGGUCAGCGGUCUUUUCCUUCAGUCUUCUGCCUGCGCUGGUACACCUGGAGUGAGGGAUUCUGGAUAUGACUCUCUACGCAGACGCAUGAGUAUCCUGGACAGACUGAUGCAGACACACUCUGUAUGGUUGCUACUGUCUCUCAGCGAUGAGGAAGCCAGACGUAUUCUGCAACCGCAGCCGGCUGGGAGUUUUGUGGUGAGGAGGUGUUAUAAACUGCAGAAAAAGGUGAUUUCCCUACGUAUGGACAGCGACAUACUGAUUGUUCGGGACUUUCCAGUUAAAGAGAGCCAAUAUACCUUUUCUCUGGAGGGCUCAGGGAUCAGCUUUGCAGACCUCUUUCGACUGGUGGCUUUCUGCUGUAUCAGCAGGGACGUUCUACCCUUUACACUGAAGCUGCCUGAGGCCAUCACAGCUGCAAAGACCCCUAAAGAUCUGGAAGAGGUGGCUCAGUUAGGAAGAGGUUUCUGGGACUCCGAAGUGUACAAUAAGAGGAAGUCUUCUGUGUCUGGGGAGAUUGUGUGUGAAAGUUCACAACAGAGACUCAAACAGUGGUCAUCCCCAAGAGUUCCGGCCAUCCCAUUCACACGGACCCCUUCUGAACUUGAAUGCAGUCAAUCCAACGGAGCGCUGUGCUUCAUCAAUCCCCUCUUCCUGCAGAUGCACCAAACUAACCCUUCACCUACAAAGCAAGAAUCACCCCCGGGCAACACAGAUCACCAGAACAGGGAAGACAGCGUCUUUUGCUGUGCAAAAAGCACGCAAAACAAAUCACACACAAGUGGGAGUAGAUCCAAGAGCGAGAGAUCCCCACCACCUCGGCCCCCACCUCCCCGCUUUGCCUCCAGCAGAUCUGCAGUUCUUCGUAAACAGAAGACCAUGCCUGAGACGGUCUGUUGGAUCAAAACGCCUCAGGAAAAAGGCAGCCUGCUGGGGAGGUUGGGAUCUUCCUUCAGUUCCUUGUCACCCUCAUCCUCCCCACCCAAAAAGCUCAGUAAAUCUUUCCUUGUGCCCUCAUCCCGCAAUAAGAAUUCCUCCGGUCUGCUUGAUGCAGACGGUCUCCGCUGCCACAUGGCUCUGGAUGACCAGACCAUUGAGGAAGCUGUGUCUUGGAGCUUGGCCAAGGUGUCCUCACGCAACUCCCCCGCCCUGGAGAUUGGCAGCCCUGCAGAUGAACACUGCUCCACCGGACGAGAGCGUCUGAGCGAUAUCAGCAUCUCCACCUCAUCCUCAGACUCUCUCGACUUCACCCACGGCUUCUCGCUGCCCAUGGAGGCCAGUCCCUCUAGAACCGAGCGGCCCACUGGUGACAGCAGCCUGGAGGAGGAAGACGAGGAAGAGGAUGAUGGCAUCAACUUGGAAAGCGACCAGGAGGUGCCCCCACCCUUCAAGUCAAAGAAGUCAAAUGGCGCUGGUACGUUCGUGCUGCCGCGUGCACUGAGAGGACAAUUGCGCAAGAUGAGCAGCGUUCUCAAUUCUUUGAUGACGCCCGAGAAGAGAGCCAUUCGGAAGAUUGUGGAGCAAUCCAGGGAUAAAGGGACUUACUUUGGCUGCCUUGUGCAGGACUACGUGAGCUUCUUGCAGGAGAACCGCGGCUGCCACACAUCAGGCUUGGAACUGCUGCAGACUCUCAGGCAGUUCAUGACUCAGAUGAAGUCCUACCUGCUGCAGAGCUCAGAGCUUAACCCGCCAAUUGAGUCCCUUAUCCCGGAGGAUCAAAUAGAUCAGGUGAUGGAGAAAGCCAUGCACAAGUGUGUGCUGAAGCCUCUGAAGCCUGUGAUAGAAGCCGCGCUGCGGGACUUUCAGGUGAGCAGUGGGACUUGGCAGCAGCUGAAGGACAAUCUGGUUUUGGCCAAAGCCAAGCAACCCCAGGAGAUGGGUGUGGAUGGAGCUCUGCCUCCUGACUCUGUGGCCAUAGAGAAGAUUCGCCACAAGUUCCACAACAUGUGCAAGAUGUACUCGCCAGAGAAGAAGGUGUCUCAGCUUCUCAGUGUGUGCAAGCUUAUCUACACCAUAAUGGAGAACAACUCAGGGAGGAUGUAUGGUGCAGAUGACUUCCUGCCCAUGCUUACGUAUGUGAUGGCCCAGUGUGACAUGCCACAACUGGACGCUGAAAUAGAGUACAUGAUGGAGUUACUGGACCCUACACUGCUUCAUGGAGAAGGAGGCUACUACUUGACCAGUGCAUAUGGCGCAAUGUCUCUCAUCAAGAACUUCCAGGAGGACCAAGCAGCUCGUGUGCUGAGCUCUGAGACGCGUAACACGCUGCACCAGUGGCACCGUAGACGCACAGCCCAGCGAACCACUCCAUCUGUGGAUGAUUUCCAGAACUACUUGCGGGUUGCGCUGCAAGAUGCAGGCAGUGGCUGCACAGCCAAAACCCUUCAAGUGCAUCCUUACGCCACAACGGAGGAAGUGUGUCAGAUAUGUGCGGACAAGUUUAAAAUUUCAGACCCGGAAAACUACGCCCUUUUCCUCUUGACGGAUGAAACCACACAGCAGUUGGCCCCGGACACUCACCCGCAGAGGAUCAAGGCCGAACUGCACAGCCGCUCACAGCCACAACUCUACUACUUUGUGUACCGCCAGAUCCAAAACCUCAAUGUCCCUUCAGACCAGCUCUAUGACAACACUUCACCCAACUGACAGAGCCAACAUGGUUUCCAUCGGGUCCUCUUGAAUCUCCUUCUCAGCCACAUUUAUUCAACUCCUUCCCUAGGAACACUGUUUACGUCUGCGUUGUUUUGAAAAAAAGAUGGAGGGAAGUGGAAGAAGUGCUUAGAGGGAAAUAGGGAAGCAAGAACGUGUCUGACAGAUGCAGCAUUUUUCAUGCUCCAUCUUCACCGUUUUUAAAACAGUUUGGGAAGAGGCACGCGACCAUCACAAGAGAAUAGCUGAACCCAAACUGCAAAUGUUAAAAAUUAUUUCUUCAUGAAUAUUCAAACAUUGAGUUUAGCAGAGAAACAGGGGCAUUUUGGUGUUAAUGUCUAAUCGUUGCACAUUCCACAUUGAAUACACUCCAAAACUGUGCCUUCCUCUUCCCAAAAUACCUCUUCUGUUCUUCGCUAUGCUGAGAGACUGGCAUUUUUCUUAUGACUGCAUUGAGGUGAAGACUUUUAGAAAGUUCCUUCCUUCAGCAUUCAUUCAGUAACAAGGACAUCUCAGUCCCUAAGGACAUUUUGGACAAUUAUUUUCUGAUGUAAACCUUUUUUUUUUUUAUUUGCAGUUGCUGGUAAACUGCAUUUUAUAUAUAUAUAUAUACAUUUAUGACUUUUUGUUAUGAUAUUGCAUGUAUUUCUGUGAUGAUAAGAACCAGGCAUUGUUGCCAGUGAUGUUUUAUCAUAUUGCUUUUAUAUGAAUUAUGAUCAUUGUUUUGUUAAAGUCAUUGGUAGUAAUGGAGAUUCUAAAAUACUGUACUGCUACUGACAAGCUAAACAUUUAGGGCUUGUGGUAUUCUUGAUCUCUUGUGCUAAUUUUGGAUUUGACUUGCAGACAAAGGGUUUUUGGCAAGUAGGACAAGUGGAAAGAUCAGUGUAAAGUAAGAAAGAAUAAGGAAAAAGGACAUGUAUAUUUUAAGCAGGUUUAGAGUCAUUGGUAGAAAAUAUCAACAAAUAAAAAUGUUUUUUGUGUCACUGUAAAGUGCUAUCAGGGAACGCUGAGACGGAUGAGUCGCAUAAAGGGGAAUAGUUCUUAAACAUUCAUAACUAUACUCAUAACCUCUUAAUUGCAAUAACUUUCCAAGUAUUUCAUGUUCUACUAAUGUACUUUAUGUUUGCAUGUUUUGAUGUAAACUCGGGGCAUUGUUUUUUGUUUUUAAGAGACCAGGGUGCUGAAAUGCUCUAAUCCCAUGUAACGAAGAUAUAGAAACACUAGCCACAUCUGAAACACAAACUACGUUUCAAGUUGUGAAAUGUAUUUUAACGGGAUAUUUUAAGUCUGUUAAAUGUAUACAUAUUUAUAUGCAAUCUGUGCAGGAAUUUUUCACAGAUUUGAAAGGUAUUGAUUCAAAAAUAUUGUUUAUUAAUUUGGAGAAAAGCUCAUCCUCAUUCUUAAGUAAGUUCUGCGUAUUUGCCUUUUAAAAUGUACUCUUUUGCACAAUAAAUUGAUGUUGAUCAUUUA